GAAGGAUUUUAACAAUAAUAUCUAUCAUAUCAUAUCUCACAGUUGGUUCAUUUUGUGUUCAAACUUAAUCUAACCUUGCAUAGCAAAUCAAAGCUAGUCUGCCAAACUUAAUGGAGCCUCUUGCACCCAAAAGUGGAGAUGACCAAGUCGAUGAAGACUCCCUCAUCAAAGACUAUGAGGCAAGCAAGCAGGAUGCUGACACACAAGUAAGCAGAAAAAAUAAGAAUCGAACAGAGACUCUUACUUUUGCCUCUGGAAGGCCAAGGAAGAAUGGAUAUGCUAUUAAUCGAGAGACUUAUGAGAAAUCGAAAGAAACAGAAAAAGAAAAAGAACAGAAGAAUGGAUAUAACAGAUUUAAGAACUAUCGAGAUAUGAUAAAAACCCAGUCAAACAUUCGAAAGCCAAUGAGUACGAAUAACGAAGUGAGCCAUUUGAUUAUCUGAUUUGAAAGACCAAAUCAAUCUCCAAUGAGGACACUACUUCUGAUCGGAGUGAUUAAAGCAGUACUUUACUUUCCAAGUGGAGAUAAGAAAACUCGAUCAUAUUUGUCCUUCUUGAGCAAAGUCUGUUCCCAGUCCCACUGUAAACAGCAUUAUCAGCAAGAAAGCUUUAGAAAAAUAGAAAAUUUUUCAAAAAAUCUGAUUGGGUGAAUAAAAAUCCUUCUUUAUUUUGGUGUCCAAGACCUGAUUGAGAUAAUUACGUCACGUGUCCAAAUGCUAAGGCUGGAGAAAAAUUCAAAGCUGUCUGAGAAUGAUCCUUUACAUUCUGCACUGGAUGUCACGAGCCUUGGCAUCCCAAUCAAAAAUGUGAGGAUAUUAGGGACAAAGGAAUGAUUAUGUACCAAAGGAAAUAAAGUUGUCAAGCAUUGCCCUAAAUGAAAAUCUAUAAUCGAAAAAAAUAAAGGAUGAGACGUCAUGAAUUGCAAAGUCUGAGGAGAAACUUUUGGAUGGAGACUAGUGGAUAAAAAAGAGAAGUAUUCUCCUUCUAAAGGCAAGCUUCCUGAAGACAAUUCUCUAUGUGCAAGGUUUUCAAAAGGGUUCUUAACUGUUAUAUUCCCAAUGACCUUGGUCUAUCUAAAUUUCAAAGAAAUUAAAAGGAAUUGAAGGAGAAGAAGAAGUCUACGUUGAUUAGGAUACACUCUGUUAGUUCCUCUCUCAUUACUCUUUGCCUUGAUAUAUAGCCCAGUCUUUAUGGUUCUCAUAUUGCUAAUCUUCUUUGGACUAUGUCUCUUGAAGUGAUUUUCUUGAUGAAAGAAAAAGGAUCAGAAAGUGUAAUGCAGGCAAAAUCAAAGUAAUACAAUAGGAACAGAUUUGGAAAUACAUAACAAAUUUAAGAUAUCUUAAUCUCAUAUGCUUUUAUAGAGCCUUUAUCCACUCUGAAUUAUCGAUUCCAAUCAUUCUCUCUUUCUCAA